AUGUUUGCAGAAAAUCUGGAGGGCAGGUCACGCGAAGAGGCCGCCAUUCGAGAAUCGGAGCUGAGAAGAAAGAUAACACAUAUUCUACCAUGUGAUAUUGAGAGGGAUAAUCCAGUGAAAUGGCCUUCGUCUUGGGGGUCGCAGUCCGCCAUGUUUGAUGUCGUGACAACAUCCCUGUGCCUAGAGGCUUGCGUGACAUCUAAAGAAAGCUAUCGUCACGCAAUUGGUAAAUUGAAGAGGUACCUUAAACCAGGUGGAUAUAUUGUAAUGUAUGGUGUUUUGAAGGAGACCUAUUACUUUGUUGGCCAAGAACGAUUUUAUUGCUUUCCACUGACUACGAAUUUGAUUGAAGAGACGUUAGCCAGUGAGGGAUUCAAGAUGUUCAAUGAGAUAAAACUGCUGGCUGUUUCUCUAGAACCUUAUGGUGAUGCAAAAGAAAUAUUUUUUGUCACAGCAACUCUUGAAGAGGUCUAG